CAUAUCAUACGGCUAUACACAUCCCCUACAACGCGAGACAAGCUGAGAAGAAUUUUCUAAUAUAUUGUUAGAAAUAAGUAGGAAUUACGUGCAUUAUUAUUUUUUUGUGUGUAUAUAUUAAAUGAUCUCUAUGAUUGUCACUAUUUAAUCGAAAUUUAUUUUCGCAUAAGUAUAAUAUGAUAAAACAAGGUGCAAUAUUUAUAUUUAUAUUAUCAAAUUAUUGAACUAUUAUGCUUGAUGCAAUACGUGAAUGUGGAUUGAUGUAAUUCGAAAAUAGAGUCUCAAUCCAAUAUUUUGAGAUAUUACUUUUUAUCACGACCCAAUUAAUGGUGCGACAAAACAGUCGCAUCAGCGACCUUUGUGUAUUAAGAUGAAUCUAGGAUACAGUGUGAGAAUACUUUAUUGGCUAUUCCUAACAAUUUUACUUUUUCACCUACAAGUAGGUGCAAAUUAUUUUAGAACUAAUAACAAAAGAGAUGACCAAUGUUUCUGCAAGUUGAAAGGAUCUAUAGAUGACUGCACAUGUAAUGUAGAUACUGUAGAUUAUUUUAACAAUAUGAGAAUAUAUCCGAGAAUUCAAAGUCUUCUGGGCAGAGAUUAUUUUAGGUUUUACAAAGUAAACUUGAACCAGAAAUGUCCAUUUUGGGCAGAUGAUAGCAAAUGUGCUAUUCGUUAUUGUCAUGUGCUGCCCUGUCAAGAUGACGAUAUUCCAGAAGGUUUAAAGGGAGAGAUUCCAAGAGAUAUUCAUAUUUAUGAAAGUCCAGUAGAUAAAUAUAGAUUAGAUGCACAAAUUAGUGACUGCAGACAUAGCUCUAGAGACCAUAAUAUGGAACUUGGUUUCUUAAACACAACAAUUAGUACAGAAAAUUACAAAGAAUUUGAACGAUGGCAGCAACAUGACGAUGCACAAGACAAUUUUUGUGUAAAAGAAUCUAGUCAAGGAGAAUAUGUGGAUCUGUUACUUAAUCCUGAGAGAUAUACAGGAUAUAAAGGAGUUAGUGCACGCAGAAUAUGGCGAAGUAUUUACAUGGAAAAUUGUUUUAGACCUGAAAACUCACCUCACAUUUUUAUACAAUCUUCUAAGAUAAAUAGAAUGUGUUUAGAGAAACGAGUUUUUUAUCGUGUUAUAUCUGGCUUACAUGCUAGCAUUAAUAUACAUUUAUGUUCAAAAUAUUUGUUGGCCCCUCAAGAUGGUUUGCAUGUCUCAUCUGACAAUCAAUGGGGUCCUAAUUUGGAAGAAUUACAAAGAAGAUUUUCUUCUGAAACAACAGGUGGUGAAGGUCCAAACUGGCUAAAGAAUUUGUAUUUCACUUAUUUACUUGAAUUAAGAGCUUUGGCUAAAGCUGCACCUUAUUUAGAAAGAGAAGAAUACUAUACAGGUAAUGAAAUGGAGGAUGAAGAUACAAGAUUGGCUAUGAAUGAUAUACUGAAUGUCAUUAAAUCAUUCUCAGAACAUUUUAACGAAACUGUUAUGUUUACUGGUGGAACAGAAGCCCAAUUGUUGAAAGAAGAAUUUAGGCAACAUUUCAGAAACAUUUCACGUAUUAUGGAUUGUGUGGGAUGUGAUAAAUGUAAGCUGUGGGGUAAAUUGCAAAUUCAUGGCCUGGGCACUGCAUUAAAGAUAUUAUUCUCAGGAAAGUUUGAUAGAUGGAAACCAACACUUAAUAAUCUUAAUCGAAAGUCAUUUUUCCUAGAAAGAAGUGAGAUUGUUGCUUUGGUGAAUGCUUUUGGAAGGUUAUCAGAAAGUAUUUUUGAGUUGGACAGGUUCCGCAGGAUGAUGAGAUAACAUAUAGUAUCAGCUUAUAAUUAAAACUUUUCAGUACCAUUGAAAAACAUCACAUAAAGACAUCACUUAUUUUCUAUCUUGUUUUAGCUUCCUUUAUUUGUAGAGAAUGGAUUUUGUUAUACUAAUCUUAUUGAAUUUGUAUUAGUAUAAGUGUUUUGGAUGUUAUAUAUUAUAUAUUUACAUAACUAACUAAUUAAUAAUAGAAUCGGUCGGAAUUUUUUAUCGAUUUUAAAGGACAAGGUGAAGAAAAUUUGCUAUUCUAUUGGGAUCAUUUAUUCAAUUAUAUUAAUAUAAGUUUGAAACUGCAUAAACGCCAGUUCACAUAUGUUAGCUCUAAUUAGAUUUGUAAAUAAUUCUUCCAAUGCUAUGUGAAAGCUAUGUAUAUAUAUAUAUAUAUAUAUAUAUAUAUAUAUAUAUAUAUACAUACACAUAUAU